AUGGCUUCCCUUCCUCCAAAUCAAACUACUGGUUACCACACCCGCUCAAUCAGCUUGCCUUUGAGAACUAACCAGUCGAUUCCCGACAUAGACAAUCAUCUGCGCAGAUUAACGUCCUCCGAGGCCACCACUUCAUCGUCUUCUUCUUUGGGUGACAAAUUGAUUGCCCUUGGAGAUCUGUAUGAGUGUGUUGACAGCAUGCUUCAGCUGCCACACACUCGCCAGUCAAUAGCCCGUGAGCACAACAAGGACUGGGUUGAAGAGCUGUUGAAUUCGUCUCUCUGCUUCUUGGACUUGAGCAGCACGGCUAAGGAUGUGCUGAUGCAGACCAAAGAGCAAGCGCAAGAGCUACAAUCGACCUCACGUCGCAAGAGAGGCAAUGAACAGGAGAUGGUCAAGGAAGCUGAGAAGUACUUGACCUCUAGGAUCCAGGCCAAAAAGGUAGCCAACAAGUCCCUGAGAGACUUAAAGAGCAAAUGCGCCUUUUCUUCCUUCAACAGCAAGACACCAGCCACAUUUAGAAUGCUAAGACAAGUUGAACUGGUCACUGUUGCGGUGUUCGAAUCCUUGUUUGCCUUCAUACGCGCAAAUAAAGCACUAUCAAAACAAUGUGUCCGGUCCUUGAUUUCGAAAUUGAUGAACUCCUCCAAGCGGGUCACUUGUGAUAAAGAAGCGACUGCGCUCAGUGAAGUUGAGAAGGUAGAUGAUGUAUUGCAAGCCUUCGUCAGCCGCAACAAUGGGAAAUCUAACAAUGUGCAGACCGAAGACAUUCAAAAUGAGCUGAGACAAUUAGAGCUAACCCUUCAAGAUCUUGGGGAACAGCUUGAAUUCAUUGCCCGACGGUUGAUCAGAACUAGAGCAUCAAUUCUCAAUAUCCUCAACCAUUAG